UAGCUGACGAGUCAUAGAUUUAUGUGUGAAGUUCGGCUGUUUUAUUCAAUGUAAUGUUUCUUAUUGUUAGCAUUAUGUGAAUGCAUUUGUUUUUCUUAUUAUUUGUCAUUGUCUUCUAGAGCCUAGAAAUGAUCAGAUAAUUUAGAACCAAAACAAACAUAUUUUUACAAGCAUUUUAUUGCAUGACACUGCUUCGACUUUAUAGAGCUUUUUUGUCCGAUUGUGUGUUUGUGUGCGUGCGUGUGUGUGUGUAAGUGAACCCUAUCAUAACCCAAUUGAAACACCACGAUGUCUCUUUCUAAAUGUAUGCAUGCAUUGCAAGUUAUCGUCUUAUUUACAGCCCCAAUCAAUAUGCAUGAAUUCAUUAUUAAAAGAAUGAUUAAGGGUCAUUUGUGUAGAGUCCUUGAGAUAAAGAUGCAUUGGUUUCCUUGUGGCGUGCAUAGUAUCCUAUAUAUUAACGUGUGAUAUGAAACUGUCGCUAGUAUUUGUAUUGCACAGUGCGUCCCCCAACCCCCUUGCCCAUGCAGAUGUGACCUCGUAUCAAUGAGAGGUCGCGAUUUCAGACUUCACGUAAUUGACUUUCACGGUUUUGGCAGGCGGCUAAAGUGAAUAUUUCCGCAGCGGCCACUGCAGCAAGCUGGCUUUUUCAUUCUAUCAUUGAUGCACAUUAUUGGGGAAGCUUUGGAGGUGCCACGGAGUUUGUAAUAUAAACAUUUUUGAUCACAUGAAACGGAAUUGAUCAUGGAAAAGGUACCAAAUGCCAAAAGGAUCGUGACUGUCCAAAUGAUACCACAAACAGCCAGUAGAGAUGCGCUGGGCAAUAAAGAGUUAAAUGCUAACUGGGACAUCGAGCCAAAGUUAAGCAUCAAACAGGAUUGCUCCUCUGGCCAGAAACCGAAAUCAGAUCAGGAUAAUAUGAACCUUAAGUCCUCCGUCAAAGAGUCCACAUCCCACAUCACAGUUUUGGGAGAAAAAAACACUUCAUCCCAUGGCAGUGAAGAUCACAGGCAACCUCAAAGUAAUCUUCCAGACAUGAAGACAUCUGAGAAGUGUGCCAGGAGCAACAAAGAUAAAAACAAAGAUUGUGAUGCUCUUUCCAAUUCUGUCCUUUGUGCUAAAAACCUGACCUCUGACCCAUCUACUGUUGCGUGUAAAGUCGACAAGGAGAAAAAUGGCAACAGCGAAACCACAAAGUCCAAAGCACAAAGCAAAGCGUUAGCGGUUGGAGAAUCUAAUGCAGUUAGGGAGACAGUGCACAGUGAAAAACCAAGCCAGGCUAGUCAACAAAACCCCUCUAAAUCUGAUGCAUCCUUCCAAAAGAAUUUAUCUCCCAACACUGACGUCACAAACAAAAACACAUUGGUUGUAUCUGAAUCAAAAGAAUCGAGUUUGACCACCAGCGUAACCCAUGCAUCCAUCAUCAACGAUACCCAGUCCAAGCAUCUCCACAUGGGAACAAACAUCGAUGUUCUAAAAACCAAACAGCAAUCUGGAGCCACAAACACAACAAAUGACCAAACAUCUCAUCCUGAACAAAACGAUAAGAAACCUCCACAAGAGCUCCAGACUGUGCCUGUUAAACAGGACAGCACUAGCAUCGAGUGCAUGGUGAAGGAUCUAAAACCAACACGAAUCUCUCAAGAGGCUUCCUCCAGGCAGCCAUCGGCAUCUCCAAGUAACAACGCAGCUGAUACCUCAAGUCACCAAAUGAAAGUGAUGGAUGAAGAAGUCCAAAGGCAGGUAGCCGUUCCUGAAGAACAAAAGCAGUUCCACUGCAAACUCUACCGUGAAGCCUCCACCAUGACAUCAACCGUUGAGUUUGGCAACCAAGCCAAAACACAAUGCCAAGACAUGGGAGUCCAAGCAGUGGCUGCGGUUUGCAGUCAAUCUACAUCUACAAGUCCUAGUCUUUUAUCUCUGCAACCCCAUCAGACAAAAAUUAGUCUACUUCCCGAUGAGGCUGAAAGCCUAGCGGUAGUUAUUGAGGUGGACGCCACAGACAGUUCCUCACGUGUCAUCUCAGAGAUCUGUUCGACGGCACCAUCUGUCGUGUCAUCCACUAAUGAGAAGUCUUCACGAUCGGGCACAGUGAUGGUGCACGUAGGUGCCGACCUUCAACCGGAGUCAAAGCUCGGGGCCAAGCCUAAUGAGCCUGGGGAUUCUCAACACAAAGCCCAAAGAGGAUUUUCACCUCAUCAACCUGUUUAUCAAAUUAAUAUCGAGACAUGCAACCAAAACAAAUCUAAGGAAACUAGUCAAGUCACACCUGCUGUCUCAGCAUCAGGACCUAAUACAGAAUCCAUCAUGCAAGAUCCCAUCACAACAUCUGGUCAGGCCAAGCCUCCUGCAUCUAAAUUAACUUUCUCACAAUCUGAUUUGUCUUCUCAGACCAAUGUACCGUCGACAAAACCAGCAUCAAAUAUUACAAUGGACACUCCUCCAACGUCAAGCUCCACGCCGCAAGGCAAGAAGGCAGGAGCUUCAAAGCCAGAACCUGGGAAAGCGAAGGAAGAGGACGAGGCAGCCAAGCAGAAGAAGGAUAGCGUACAUGACGUUGUGUGGGACGAGCAAGGUAUGACAUGGGAGGUUUAUGGAGCGUCGGUUGAUCCAGAGUCUCUUGGCUUCGCCAUUCAAAGUCAUCUGCAGUGCAAAAUCAAGGAGCACGAAAAGUUGAUCAUAGCCAAGACGUCGCUCCGAAAAUCCUUAUCUACAUCUCCUGGCAAGAAGAAAAAGAGGAGGCAGGUCAACAUUAACUUUAGGACCAUGUUCCAAAACAUCAGACGACCCAACUGUUGUACACGACCGUCGGUGCAAGAGUGAAAGACUUGAGGUUUGUUGAUAGGUCAGUGUGAUGAAAUCUUCUGAGACUGUUCAAGUGCAAAGCAUGCUGGGAAGAUUUGGUUAAAUGUAUUGACACAUGGUGAUUUGAUUGUUAUGUGGAAAACAGUAACCUUCAAGUAAAUAUUUUCAGAGAAAUACUCAAUUAUUUAUGGAGAUAGUAAAGCUAUAGCAAUGUUUAAAGUGAAAUGGCAAUAAUUAUAAUUAAUAGAAUAAUAGUAAUGAUUAUGUGUAGUAAUAUGCAUGUAUAUUAGCUCAGAACCUAUUGUGGGAUCCAAGAUUAUGCACUGUAUUGAUCAGCAAAUGUAUGCAUAUAACUUUAAGUUGAAUAUCUUUUUUAAUUCUCAGAGUCGUGGUUUGUUUUGUAUACCAUAUUUUUAAUUUAGUGCCAAUCCUAAACUUGGUAAAAACGUAUCCAUUUUAUUUUUUAGAAAAGAUCAAAGUUUAUGCUUGUCAUUCUUGUAAA